GUUUAUCCCAUCAAAAGUUUUUAACCUGCAAUCAUGACUGGUCGUGGUAAGGGAGGAAAAGGAUUGGGAAAAGGAGGAGCCAAGCGGCAUCGUAAGGUUCUUCGUGAUAACAUCCAAGGUAUCACUAAACCAGCCAUCCGUCGUCUAGCUCGUCGUGGUGGCGUCAAACGUAUCUCUGGUCUGAUCUACGAAGAAACUCGUGGAGUUCUCAAGGUCUUCCUUGAAAACGUCAUCCGUGACGCAGUCACCUACACCGAGCACGCUAAACGUAAGACUGUCACCGCCAUGGACGUUGUCUACGCUCUGAAACGUCAAGGCCGUACCCUUUACGGAUUUGGAGGUUAAUUGGAUCAUUCAACUCAGCAAAUUUUAAACAAAACGGCCCUUUUCAGGGCCACUAAAUUUUUUAUACGUAAAAAAUAAUUCAAGCUCAAAUAGUUACAUUAUUAAAUGCUAACAACUUUUUAAACCCUAUAUUCUAAACUUGAAAACAGCAAUAUUUAAUAGAAUAAUAUAUAACGGUUAUAGGUUGUCUCAUUUAAUAUAUCUUAAUUUGUACACACUCGAGCUAUUCAAUUUAUUAUUAUACUAAAUAUUAAAAAUCGUAUA